AUGCUAAAGGAGGCCCUCGUGCGCGGCUACCUGCUGCGGCGGCAGCUGCACGCCGUGCGUGCCGAGUACGAGGCCGUGGUGCUGGAGACCGAGGGCAGCCUGGAGCGGCUGCGCUGGACGGGGCAGCGCCUGCUGAGGCCGGUGUUCGUGGAGAGCUGGGAGGCGCCUCAUCGCUCGCCGCCGCGCCACAACAAGGGUUAUGCAGCCGAGAAGCCACUAGAAGCAAAGCGUGCAGCUACGCAAGAGCCUCUAUCAGUUGAUGAGUCCAACACAGACACGUUGCAGCAGGAGAGUCCUCUCCCCGAGGCCUCUGAACCCGCAAGAGACCAGGGCUGUAGCAGCAACGUGAAGCCUCCGGCUGAGCUGCGGAGUGAGGGAGUGACCAGCGAAGGUGAUGAAGCGAGGCCAGACGCAGGGGCUGGCACGGGCAGACCCGCUGCCAAGGGGCACAGUGCCCCAGCAGAAGGCGAGGAGGGCGAGAGCAAAGGCUGUGAGGCCUCUGCGUGGGCCAGCACCGUCCUGGAGAGCACGGGCCCCGGAGCCGGCCUGGAAAUCCCGCUUGAAGACUUGAAGGAGCUUCCUCGGACCGUGCCUGGCCUCCUGGCGUAUAGAAAUCACUUGAUCAUGGAGUUACUGUGGCUGCAACAAGCUAUUGUGAGCCGGAAAAAUUACCUGAGGCUGAAGAAGAAGCUGGGUGCUCCUGGCCUGUAGGAGGGACCAUGGUCAUAGUGGGACCUCCUGGCAGCAGCAGCCUGGGAGAACUCCAGCUCCACAGGUUGAUGCUCUCCAGAUGGAUGUGGCAAGAAAGCCUUUUUGAAAAUGUCACUGCAAAGCCAGGGAGCUUGUGUGUCCAAAGGGAGUCCUAGUGAGGCCUCCUCCGACACGAGCCCCGUUUCUGGGGGCCGAGCAGAGCAACCCUAGAGGUAAAUCAAGGCUGGGAAGAUUGUCACUUACAGGGGGAACUUUUUGACCAGCUCCAAGUGACUGCUCGUUGCUUGUUGUUGAUCUAAACUGCCUGAUGGCAGCAGGUGCCUUGAACCUCCGGGAGCAGAUUCUCUGAUGAACUAAGGGUGACCCAUUGGUACCGGAGCUGUGUAUUUGGGCUCAUUCUGGCCGUUACCGCUCUGCACUAUCUGGGAUCCCCAAGUGAGUGUGGUAGGUUUUGGAGAACGGCCACAUUUUCUGGCUUUCCUGUGCUGCUGGUGGCCCACGAGCUCCAACUCCAGGACAUGGUGCUUGUUUCCUGGCUCGCACGUCUCUCGGACCCCUGCCCGUGGCUGAAAUGCUCAGGCAGGACCUCCGAGCGCCUCAGGGAGCAGGUCAGGACGCGAGGGGUUUGUGUUUGUCCACAAAGAUGCCUCGCUGGUUUUGCUGGCAUUCAGGGCUGUCCCAUGGCACUCGGGGAGGGAUUUUCCACACAAUGCUGUGGUUCCUCAUUGUGACCCCAAAUCCUCUGUGCAAACACUCGCUGCUCCU